AAUGAUUAAUAAAACAAGUUCAUUUGAUUAGUAAUCAUUCAAUUAUGGGGUAACUCAAGAAAACAAACUUAAUGAUCCAAGAAUUAAGAUGAAGGAUGAUGAAUCAGAAUGGUUAUAAGGAAAUGAAUGUAUUGUAUGCGAUUUAAAUUUUUCUAAGUGUGGAAAAUUACAUCAUUGGUAUAAAUUUUGUUAAAUUUUGAAAGUAGAGUCUGUGGCAAUCCUGUUUGCAAAACUUGCUCUUAUAAAAUGAUCAAUGAUAAGAGAUCUUGCGAUCUGUGUUUUAAAAGAAUUUAGUUGGUAGAUUAAGAAAAACUUAAAAAACAAUAAAUAAAAACAAAAAAAGAAGCAAUACAAGAAUUAAAGAAUUAAAUCUCAAAGCAAUAACAAUAAAAUGACUUAAUGAAAAAUUAAUUAAUAGAUCUCUAAAAAUAAUUAGAAAUACAAUAACGUGAGCAUACUUAGUAGGAAAAGUCAUUGGAGGAUUAAUUUGAAUAGAAAAUAAAUAUGAUCAGACAACAGAUUGAGAAUAACAAAAGAUAAGAUUAAAAUAUUACAACAGAAAGAAUUCAGUUAGAGGAAAUUGAAAGGGAUAUUAUAGAUUUACGUAAUAAUAUUGAAACGAAAGAAUUUAAUAUAUAAAACAAAAGAUAAUUUUUUAAAUCAUAAAAUAAGGAUCUAUAGAAAUGUUAAGAGGAUUUGUUGAAUCUACAAUUAAGUGUAAUUAUUAUUUAUUAAGUUUUUAGUUAGAAUAAAAGAAAUAAGAAAAAUUAGAAUAAACAGAAAAAGAAUAAAUAGAAUAAACUGAAAAAGAACUAAAAAAAAAACAUGAAAAUAGAAUGAAAGAAUAAUCUGAAGAAUAUGAAAAGUAGAUUACUGAAUAAACUAAGUAAUAAAAACAUAAAGAAAACUGUAUUAUAUAUUGA